GGUGGCUGAAGGGGGUGUUGAGGAAACUAUGGUUUUCACUCUGAGAAAGUGGAAAAGGUGGUGAUGCAUGGCGGCACGGUGUCGACGAUGGUUGGGGGGCGCUGGAUGUCAAGCGAGGGAGGGAUUGGCUGUCUUGGGCUGGCUAUGGGGGAUGUCGGGGAACAGUGGAUUGGACGGCGUUGGCAGCAGGAGAGCGAGGCAGGCAAGGGACUGGCUGGGGCGGAAGAGAGAAGUAGCCAUGACAAUGUCGGAUGUAGAGGCAACGGCUGAAUGCAAUGGUGGUGGUUGGUGGCGGUGCGAUGGACUACGGCUACAACAGACUUCAAUGCUUCUGAAAACUAGGGUUCUCGUGCAGCAAAUCGUAGGAGAGUUAUUGCGGAUGAUUUCCCUUUCUAAUAUUUCGGGAUUACAAUGAUUAAUUAAGAGCAAUAAUAGGGAGGAUCAAAUAUAAAUGACGUCAUUAAAU